CAACGAAACAGGGUAUCCGGUUGAAGUGGUACAAUCAUUGGUACCACUACGAAAUACAUUGGCAUUCUUUGAAUUAUCGUCAGUUUCAUAUCAUCAAGUGGCCGAAGUUUUGAGCCGUGAUAAGAGCCGCAUCUCCAUUUCGGGAUGGUUUCAUGGUCCGCUGCAGACACAGCUAAUUUCAAAAACAAUGUCUUUUGCACCUUUGAAGGAUCAACCUGAAGAAAUCUCUUUAGAAGCGUUUCUCAACCCUAAUUAUCUGGGCAACAGUUCCAUUCAAAAUAUUUGCAACGUCUUUUCGGAUCAAAGUUCAAUUGAGCUACAACAAUUUUUGAAGCCAGAGAUCUACCAAACAUUGUUGGAGGAGUUAGAAGCAUUGGGGGCCGAGGAAGGAGCACAGAGAGAGCAGCCACUGUGGGAUGAACUGAUGGGGCCUUGUCAUGUCAGGCGAUACAGCCGUGUUUCAAACCAGAAUCAGAAUCGUAUUCCAGGAACUUUGGCUAGGAUUCAAAAGCUGUUUUUAUCCAAGGUCUUUGAGGCAUACCUGAACAAAAUUGCGAACCUGUCAUUCAUUUCUGCAGCUCCAGAACUAAGGAUGUUUAAAAAGGGUGACUACACGCUACUUCAUGACCAUGCAUUGGAAAAGAAUGGAUUGGAUGUAGUGUUUAGUUUCCCGGCUUUGCCGAGUGAAAGGGACCAAGAGACAGCAUUGUCAUCAAAAUCUACAACAACAAUGGCAGAGUGGCAAGAAGAAUGGGGAGCAGGAGCAACACAUUAUGUGGCGGACAAGACUAAUCUGCUAGCUCUUUAUCCAAAGCACAAUACGCUGACAAUGGUUUUACGAGAUGAAGGCACCCUAAGGUUUAUUCGUUAUUUGAGCACACGUGUGGGUGACGCUAGACGUAGAGAACUGAGCGUAUUGUAUACGGUGAAUGAGGAUGGAGAUGAUGAGGGUGAGGAUGAGGACCAAAGCUUUGGCGAAGAGGGCAAUAGUGAGGAGAGUUUAGAAAUGGAGCAGAAGAAUUUCAAUGAAUGACAUUUAU